GCAACGGUUUUUUUAAACGUCCAUGUUAAAGCAAAAUGUGGUAACUUAGUUACUGUCACAGCCGGGCAUGAAUUAUUUAAACCCUGCUUACUUAUUAGUUGCUUGGUUUCCUGCUGGACAAAAGUCUUGACAUUUGCAGUUUGACCCAGUGUGAAUGUGACAGGAAUCCAGGAGGGAGUUGGCUUUGCUCUCGACUCUGUUUUUGAUCCAACUAAAGCUCCAGCUGUCAAGAGAUUCCAAUAAACUUUUCUCUUACAUUAUUAAAACGACAAUGUUUUUACUGUGCCGUUCAAAACGCAGAAAAGCAACCCAUUAAGGACGAUGCUGACCAUUUUUGGACACGACAAGCUUCAGAUAUCACGAAUUAUCCGGGACUCCGGUGACAGGCAUAUCUAGAUGAGUUUUAUUUUAUGAACUCGAGGCUGUCUGGAAGCUUUUCGGUCGUUUUAUAACACGUCUUCUCGUGGAUAUAUCGACAUACAACAUGGGCGACUCUAAUUUGAACAACUCCAAUGUGAAGGUGGCGGUUCGGGUCCGGCCCAUGAACCGGAGAGAAAAGGAUCUGAACACAAAAUGUGUUGUGGAAAUGGAGGGGAAUCAAACAUUUCUGUACCCGGCAAACCUGGGAAAAGAUUCCAGCAGGGGUCAGCCAAAGACCUUCGCCUAUGACCACUGUUUUUGGUCGAUGGAUGAGUCGGAGACAGAGAAGUUUGCUGGUCAAGAUGUAGUUUUCCAGUGCCUUGGGGAGAGUCUUUUGCACAAUGCUUUUCAGGGUUACAACGCCUGUAUUUUUGCUUAUGGGCAGACUGGCUCUGGAAAGUCGUACACCAUGAUGGGUUCGGUGGACCAGCCUGGUUUGAUCCCCAGACUCUGCAGUUCUCUGUUUGACCGGACCAUACAACACCAGCGAGAGGAAGAGAGCUUCACCGUAGAAGUCUCUUUUAUGGAAAUCUACAACGAGAAAGUCCGGGACCUUUUGGACCCCAAAGGGAGUCGACAGGCCUUGAGAGUGAGAGAACAUAAAGUUUUGGGGCCUUAUGUUGAUGGUCUGUCCAGACUUGCGGUUGAAAGUUACAAGGACAUAGAGUCCUUGAUGUCUGAGGGGAAUAAAUCCCGCACUGUGGCGGCCACCAAUAUGAAUGAGGAGAGCAGUCGCUCCCAUGCGGUUUUCAAUAUCAUCCUCACGCACACGCUGAAGGACCUGCAUUCAGGGACAAGUGGGGAAAAGGUGAGUAAGCUGAGUUUGGUGGACCUGGCAGGAAGUGAGAGAGCUGCAAAGACGGGCGCUGCAGGCGAGCGGCUCAAGGAAGGCAGCAACAUCAACAAGUCUUUAACCACUCUGGGUUUGGUGAUCUCAGCUCUGGCAGACCAGGGCGCUGGAAAGAACAAGAACAAGUUUGUGCCCUACAGAGAUUCAGUGCUGACAUGGCUGCUCAAGGACAGUCUGGGUGGAAACAGUCGGACUGCCAUGGUUGCCACCGUGAGCCCUGCGGCCGAUAAUUACGAUGAGACGCUGUCAACGUUACGCUAUGCAGACCGAGCAAAGAGCAUCGUCAACCACGCCGUGGUCAACGAAGACCCUAACGCCAGGAUCAUCCGGGAGCUCCGAGAGGAGGUGGAGAAACUGCGAGAUCAGCUGACGCAGGCUGAGUCUAUGAAGGCGCCAGAGCUGAAGGAUAGACUGGAGGAGUCUGAAAAAUUGAUACAGGAGAUGACGGUCACCUGGGAAGAGAAGCUGAGGAAGACUGAGGAAAUUGCACAAGAAAGACAAAAACAGCUGGAGAGCCUUGGCAUCUCUCUGCAAUCUUCUGGUAUCAAGGUUGGAGAAGAUAAGUGCUUCCUGGUCAAUCUCAACGCUGACCCUGCCCUUAAUGAACUACUGGUUUAUUAUCUAAAGGAACACACUAAGGUUGGAUCAGCAGAUUCCCAGGACAUCCAGCUGUGCGGAAUGGGCAUCCAAGCAGAGCAUUGUGUCAUUAACAUCACACCUGAGGGAGCUGUCUUUCUCAACCCUUACAGAAACUCAAGAACAUGUGUGAACGGAUCUCCAGUCACCAGCCGGCAACAGCUUCACCAUGGUGACCGUAUUUUUUGGGGAAACAAUCACUUUUUCAGAAUAAACCUACCGAAGCGGCGCUUAAGGGGUGAGGAAGAGGAGGGUGAGGGUGAGGGAGGGAGCAUGAAGAACAGUAACAGCAGUGAGCAGCUGGACGGAGAGGGAGAUACUGCCAGCGAGGUGUCCAGUGAGGUCAGCUUCAGCUACGAGUUUGCUCAGACUGAAGUCAUGAUGAAGGCUUUGGGCAGCAACGACCCUAUGCAGGCUGUUUUACAAUCUCUGGAGCGUCAACACGAAGAGGAAAAGAAGACUGCUCUGGAGCGUCAGCGGCUGAUGUACGAGCAGGAGCUGCAGCAGCUGCGCAGACAGCUGACUCCAGACAGGCAGAGCAUGCAGAUACCGCAGUCGCAGCCCUUGCAGCCGCACUACCGCAGCUUGGAGAGACUGAGCCAGGGAGGAAUGUCAUCAUCACCCAACGCCCAGCACCGCCUGCGCCAGUGGAGUGAGGAGAGGGAGGUGGUAGUGACACGGAGCUUGCGGAAACUGAGGGAGCAGAUCGUACGGGCUAAUCUGCUAGUACAGGAGGCGAGCUUCAUCGCGGAAGAGCUGGACAAAAGAACCGAGUACAGAGUUACUUUACAGAUCCCUGCUGCAAACCUCAAUGCCAACAGGAAGCGAGAUGCUGUCCUGAGUGAACCCGCGAUUCAAGUGAGGAGGAAAGGCAAAGGGAAGCAAAUCUGGGCCCUUGAGAAGAUGGAAAACCGGCUGGUGGAUAUGAGAGACCUUUACCAAGAGUGGAAGGACUUUGACGAGGACAACCCCGUGAUGCGCUCGUACUUCAAGAGAGCCGACCCUUUCUUCGAUGAGCAGGUGAACCACAGUUUAAUCGGGGUGGCUAACGUUUUCCUCUCCUGCCUGUUCUAUGACGUAAAGCUACAAUAUGCAGUUCCCAUCAUCAAUCAGAAAGGAGAGGUUGCCGGGCGACUGCAUGUGGAGGUAAUGAGGAUGGGUGGAGGGUUUGAUGAUGGCGUAGCUGGAGGAGAUGACAGCGAUGGAAGCCCGGAUGGAGAUGUACAGGAACGCAAGCUGGUCUGUAUGAUUAAGAUCCUGCAGGCUACAGGUCUCCCACAGUACCUGUCCAAUUUUGUCUUCUGUCAGUACUCUUUCUGGGACCAAGCAGAGCCUGUUAUUGUGGCCCCGGAAGUAGAUCCAUCUGCCUCCUUCUCCAGCAGCAAAGACCCCCACUGCAUGGUGGUGUUUGACAGCUGUAAGGAACAUGCUGUGACUGUAACAGAGGAAUUUAUCGAGUAUCUAACAGAGGGUGCUGUAGCCAUUGAGGUUUUCGGACACAGACAGGCUGAUCCAGGCAGGAACCCUGCGCUGUGGGAUCUCAGCAUCAUCCAGGCCAAAACACGCACAUUACGUGACAGGUGGAGUGAGGUAACCCGCAAGUUGGAGAUGUGGGUGCAGAUUCUGGAGCUGAAUGAGAACGGAGAGUACAUUCCCGUGGAGGUGGUGUCAGCGCGAGAUAUUCGCACGGGUGGCAUCUUCCAGCUCAAACAGGGCCAGUCUCGGCGGGUUCAAGUGGAGGUACGUUCAGUGCAGGACUCCGGCACGAUGCCUUUGAUAUCAGAGAUCAUUCUGGGAGUGUCCGUUGGCUGUGUGGAGAUCAGGCAGGUGCGGAUGACCAAAAACAAUGAGCCACAAGAGCCUGAGGGUGAUGAAAUGGACAGUUAUCAGGAGCGUGAUUUAGAGCGUCUGCGGCGUCAGUGGCUCACCGCUCUCACUAAGAGACAAGAAUAUCUGGACCAACAUCUUCAGACCUUGGUCAGCAAAACAGAUAAGUCUGAAGAUGACGUGGAGAGGGAGGCCCAGCUGCUUGAGUGGCGUCUGACGCUCACGGAGGAGAGAAAUGCAGUGAUGGUGCCCUCUGCUGGCAGUGGAAUACCAGGAGCUCCUGCUGAGUGGGUACCAGUACCUGGGAUGGAAACUCACAUUCCAGUGCUCUUCCUCGACUUGAGCGCUGAUGACUUCAGCUCUCAGGAGAACCUAGACGUUCCCGAGGCAGGCGGCUGGGACGCUAUGCUCAGCUCAGAAGAUGAGGAUGAAUUUUUUGACCUUCAGAUCGUCAAACACUAUGAUGGAGAGGUGAAAGCCGAAGCCUCUUGGGACUCCACGGUUCAUGAAUGUCCACAGCUGAGUCGAGGGGCCGCCCCAGAUCAGAGAGUAUACUUGAUCGUCCGCACCGUGGUACAGCUCAGCCACCCUGCAGAGAUGCAGCUAGUCCUGCGCAAACGCAUCUGUGUGAACCUCACUGGACGACAGGGUUUUGCCCAAAAUUUCUUGAGAAGAAUGUCCACCAGGAGCACUAUUCCCGGCUGUGGUGUGACCUUUGAAGUUGUCUCCAACAUCCCAGGGGACAGUCAGAGCUCAGAGGACAGGGAGAUGCUGGCCCGUGUGGCCACCAGCGCUGAGAACGCCAAAUCCUUAGACAAUGAAGCUGCCACAGAGAAGUACCUUCGGAGCGUCCUGGCCGUGGAGAACAUCCUCACACUGGACCGUCUGAGACAGGAGGUGGCAGUGAAGGAGCAUUUGGCAGGUAAAGGCAAGGGCAGCAGACGCAGUCUCAGCUCUCCCAGUGUGCACCGGUUAUCUGGAAGCAGACAGGAUCUGUCACUAAACUCAGUGCUGGAUGACAACAAGAAUCGAUGGGAGAGUCAGCAGGAUAUCUUCGGUACAUCCUCCCAGAUUAGCAAAACACUGCCACGACCAUCCAGACCUCCUACACAGAAUCAGGACCCUGAGCAAGGUUUCUCAGGGCUUGCUGCUUCUUAUAUCUCCACAGUCAAGGUCCUGGUCCCUCAGAUGCCCAAGCUGCUCAAGUCCCUGUUCCCCGUGCGUGAAGACAAGAAAGAUUUGAGACCCUCUCCACAGUCACAACAGCAUAUGCCACGAAUAAUGAUGCAAACAGCCAGCAACCCUGAUGAAGGAAGAGUAAGAAUAGAACCAGUCGCAGUAAUGGGGAAGAGUCCUGCUUCAGACAGACACUCAGAUGCUCCUGAUGCCCCGUCCUUUCUGCAUGAUCCGCAUGACCUGCCCCUGAGCCCCAUCAGCGAGGCCUCCAGUGGCUAUUUCUCUACUAGUGUCUCCACUGCCACCCUUUCCGAUGUCUCCAUUGCUUGCGGGGACCUUACCCCUACUCCCAAUACCCAAACUGGCCCCGUAGCAUCCAGGCAAAGGGGAGACGACACUGAAGACUGUCUACCCACCCCUGUUAAUGCCUCUGCUCCUGUAGAAGCUGGGCUAAGAUCUGACAGGCAUAGAAAAGAGGAAGAUAGCCACAGGAAUGGCGUCACCACCUCCCAGCAGGAAGUACAGCUAAACGCAAACCCUCCCCUGGUGAUGAGUACCUCCAUAGACAACCCUUUCUCCCUCCAGAAGGUCAAAGCCAAUGAACUCAGGUCUUUCAGUAACAUUCUUGGAGACGGUAGCGGGAAAGCAACCACAAUGCAAUCGGAGCAAACUAACAGCCUGGAAAAGCUGGAGAUAACUUUUGAGGAUGUAGAACCCAAGGAACUUGCUUGGCUCAAGGUGGGAGGGAGAGUCACUGUAGGAACCAGUAAGUCUGGCACGGUCCGCUACAUUGGGCCAACGCACUUCUCUGAGGGCGUCUGGGUCGGCGUUGAGCUGGACACUCCCUCAGGUAAGAACGAUGGUUCCAUUGAGGGCCAGCAGUACUUCCGAUGCAACCCUGGUUACGGGGUGCUAGUCCGUCCAGAUCGGCUGACUCGAAGGGAAACUUCCAAAAGACACACCGAAAAUCGGCGCAGCGGAGAGUUUAGUCAGCAACUGAGGGGAGGAGCCGGCACUGCCAUUCAAAAAGGAGAGAAUCGCAAAUCCUGGACCAGCUAAUUGACAAUGAGCUGAGCAGGACCGAACAUCCACAGCUGAGCUACACCUCCAACAUCGCAAUCUAACGGGGGAGGUCACCUCUAUCCAUCAGUGUUCUUGGGCUUUGCAUGGAGGUGGUACAACGUUCCCUUACAAACUUCUCUAUCAGUUUCGGUGCUAUGCUUAAUGUGUAGCAUGUGGGAGUGCUAUGAAUUUUAACAAGCUGCUUCAGCUAUGUUCCUUGGGAUUUGUUGGUUUGGUAACUCAAGCAAGCCUCCUUGAGGUGACCGUAAAUGAAUCUUCCAGGUCUUUGGGAUCAACCCAUCAUUCUUCUUGUUUGUGCCCUGGUUUUAUCAAGAGUCCAUUUUUGGACUUGAUAGUGCAGAUUAUGC